GGAUAUAAAACCAAUCCCCAUCCCAUCCCCGGAGCAGCCGUUCACUGCAGCCAUGGGGCCGUGUGCUGCUGCUGGGUCUGUCCUCAUCCUGAUGCUGGGGGCCGUGGUGGAUGCACAGCCCCGGGGUCGGAUCCUGGGGGGCUCGGAGUCGCAGCCCCACCUGCGGCCCUAUAUGGCCUCGUUGCAGCAGGACGGGCAGCACGUCUGCGGGGGGUUCCUCAUCGCCCCCCAGUGGGUCCUGAGCGCCGCUCACUGCACCGAGCAGAUGGGAGAUAAACGCUUCCAGGUGCUGCUGGGUGCUCAUUCACUGACGGAACCGGAGCCCCACAAACGGCUGUAUGGGGUGAGGGCACAAAUCGCCCACCCCGGCAGCAACAUCCACAACAACCGGGACGACCUCCUGCUGCUCCAGCUGGAGGAAAAAGCGGAGCUGAACGAACACGUGAAGGUGCUGCCGUUCCAACGCGAGGACCGGGAGGUGGCGGCCGACACUUUGUGCGAUGCUGCGGGAUGGGGGACGGUGACACACAGCGGGAAGCGACCGGAUCGGCUGCAGGAAGUAAAGCGUCCGGUGAUCAGCAGAGAGCUCUGCAACCACCGCACCCGCCACGACCGCACCAUCACCGAGAAGAUGAUGUGCACCGACUCCCGUAAGAAGGAUACCUGCAAGGUCGGAGCCCUGGGAGGAGAUGAUCCCAUGCGGGGCUUGGGAGAGGAGUGGGAAGAUGCUGGGAAGGGGUGAGGGUGUGGGGUGGGG